AUGUCAGGCAAUGCAACAACAAACGAUCUUUGGGCCGCUUUGAGCGAGGCGUCUGGAAAGGACGUCAAAACCUUUAUGGAUGCGUGGAUCACCAAAAUUGGCUUUCCGGUAGUUACAGUUGCAGAGGAGCCAGGGCAAAUUGGCGUUCAACAAAGUCGGUUCCUAUCCGCAGGUGAUGUAAACCCUGAAGAAGACACAACGCAGUGGUGGAUUCCUCUGGGACUUAAGACUGCCAACAACGCUACCCCAGCAAGUCAGGAACUUGCUACUAAAGCAGAGACACUUCGCAACGUAGAUGAGUCAUUCUAUAAAUUUAACAGCUACCAGAAUGGGUUCUACAGAACAAAUUAUCCGCCAGAACGUCUUGCAAAACUUGGCGCGGAAAAGUCUAAGCUUGCGGUGGAAGAUCGUAUUGGCCUAGUUGCAGAUGCUGAAGCCAUGGCUGUUGCUGGGCUUGGGACAACAGCCGGCCUGUUAACAUUGGUCGAGAAAUUUCAAGACGAAAGCAGUAAAGCGGUUUUUGCACAGAUAGCGGGAUCUUUGGCCACUAUUCGCUCUGCUUUUGCUGAGAACGAAGCAGUAACGCGAGGUUUGCAAGCCUUCACGCAGCAACUAUUUUCUCCUGUGGCGGAAAAGGUUGGUUGGAAACAAGCUCAAGGCGAAGACUAUCUGACAGGUCAACUUCGCGCUCUCGCAAUUCGGGUAGUAGGCGGUGCUGGUCAUCAAAAAGUGAUUCAAGAGGCACAACGCCAAUUCGCCGCUUACGUCUCCGGCGAUAAGACUGCAAUUCACCCAAGUCUAAGGAUUCCAGUCUUCCGUAUUGUCAUCGAAAACGGAGGCGCUUCUGAGUACAAAGCGUUGAAAAAUGAGUAUGCGCAGACUACCUCGAUAGACGGUAAAGAUGUUUGCUUGACAGCUAUGGGCCAAGUCCCCACAGCGGAAUUGGCUAAAGACUUCCUGGACUUCCAAUUCUCUGAUGAAGUUGCGACGCAAGACGUUCAUACUGGAUCCAUAUCUCUGGCUUCGAAUCCGAAAGGAAGGAGAGUUCUGUGGGAUUAUUUCCGGAGCGAGUGGAAGACGGUUUCGAACAAACUGGCAGCAAGGCCGAUCAUUAUGGACCGCUAUAUCAAGUCCACUCUUUCCAAGUACGCAAGUCAGGAGAUGGAGCAGAGCAUAUCAGAUUUUUUCAAAGAUAAGAAUACGGAAGGCUAUGACAGAGGUCUGCAACAGGUGCUAGAUAAAGUACGAACAAAUGCAAGGUAUCGCGAGCGCGAUGAAAUGCUGGUCUUAGAAUGGCUACAGGCACACCAAUAUGCCUGA